GCCAAAGCGUUUGUUGUCUCUGUGUUGUUUCGCCGGCCACCGUCCAGCAAAGCAUUAUUACCGUCUUCAGACUUCAAUCUUCGUAUCUUUCCCUUUUCUUGGUUUGCACAAUCUCUUUCUCUCUCCGCCCGCUCCAAGCCCGUUUUGAUCUGAUCAAGAUGAACGACCUGCUCUCUGAUUCAUUUGUUGGCGACAGCAAAGGUCAGCCUUCUCGACAGAGUGAUAUUGAGAUGGGAACACAAGGUCCAGGGAACAACUAUGACAUGGGAAUGGAUGCUUUUAAUAAGCAGAUCGCAGAGGCUGAUAAACAGAUUGAUAAGCUGUCGGGGCUUCUUAAAAAACUUAAGGAAGCCAAUGAGGAGUCCAAAUCUGUCACAAAAGCUUCAGCCAUGAAAGCUAUCAAGAAGAGGAUGGAAAAAGAUAUUGAUGAAGUUGGAAAGAUUGCACGUACGGUCAAAGCAAAAAUAGAAGCUAUAAACAAAGAUAAUCUAGCCAACAGACAAAAGCCUGGUUGCGAGAAGGGAACUGGUGUUGAUAGAGCGAGGAUGAACAUGACAAAUUCUUUGACAAAAAGGUUUAAGGAUCUAAUGACAGAGUUUCAGACUCUUAGACAAAGAAUACAAGAUGAAUAUCGUGAGGUGGUAGAGAGAAGAGUUAUCACAGUCACGGGAACUAGACCAGAUGAUGAGACAAUUGACCAACUAAUAGAAACGGGAAGCAGUGAGCAAAUCUUUCAGAAGGCUAUGCUAGAAACGGGAAGAGGACAGGUGUUAAAUACAGUGGAAGAAAUUCAGGAGAGACACGAUACUGUUAAGGAAAUUGAGAAAAGGCUUCUUGAUUUACACCAGAUCUACCUUGACAUGGCAGUGUUGGUUGAUGCUCAAGGAGAAAUUUUAGAUAACAUUGAAAGUCAGGUGGCAAAUGCAACUGAUCAUGUGAAAUCGGGUACAGAUGCUCUCCACACUGCAAAGAGCUUGCAGAAGAGGUCAAGGAAGUGCAUGAUGAUUUCCAUUAUCCUUCUCCUGGUGAUCGCCGCUAUUGUGGUACUCUCUAUACUUAAACCAUGGAAGAAGUAACCAGUAAGAGAAAAGUAAUAUCCAUCUCAAUGAACUACUUUACAUGUCAGUUUUCCCCGUUAAAUAAGCACUUUGACAAUUGAUUGGCCAGAGUUUGUUACUUGCACAACUGGCCAAAUUUGCCUUCUUUUUAAGAAUGCAUGCACGGCUGAUGGAGAUAAAAUUGCAAUUUUUUUUUAUUUUUUAUUUUGGCAUCCACUGCUUUCAAAUUUUUAACCUCGUUUACCGCCUUCUUCUGUGAGAGCCCUGUAUACUUUCAGUUUCAGUAGAUGAAAGGGUUUCUGGAAAAUUAAACAGGAUAUCAGGCUCUAAUAUCAGGCAAAAUAUAGAAGCCAGCACACGGAGGUAAGCUUGGAUUCUGUUGAAGACAUGUAUUGGAAAACAUUAAAAUGAUUGAGGAUGAUUAGAAAAUCCAGAAAAGAGUAGAGAGAUGCCAAGACUUCAGAGCAGAUAUGACCAAAGUAGAAGUAAACUCACUAGUUAGAGGACAAUAAUCUUAAAGUCAACAUUGAGUAUAAGAAACUGCAAUUGUGCUUUCAUCAAGUAAGAUCCCAUCUAAGUUCCAUAAACCUUACACUGAGUUAAAGCUUCGGUAGUAAACCUUACACCGAGUUAAAGCUUCGGUAGUCUUACCAUCCAUUCUCUGCAUUGCUGGUUGCGGCCGAUAUCUUAUGUUGAUGGAAAACACUCCGUUGAACACUAUCGCACAAGAUCAAUAUUGAUGAUUGCACUGGAACAUAUGUAAUAUAGAUUAUGAAAUAUCAAAAAUUCCCCAUGUCCGAGCAUUCAGACCAAGUUUUAACAAGCCAACAUGAAAGAAAACCUGGGGGCAGGGCCUGGAGCAAUCACUAAUCUUGCUUAUCCUUGAAAUGAAUAGACACCUAAAUAUUGCAUAUUCCUUGCAUCUGAAAGAGAAAGACUGCAGAUUUAAACUUCACUGUCCAUAUGCCAUGAAGGGCAAUGGACUAUUCUGAAAGUUUGAUCAUUUCUAUGAGAAAUAAUAGUUAAUAGAAAAGAUACCAACUUCAAGCUGUUACCACCAAAUCGAAAGAGUUUCACUAUUCCCAUCCCCUGGAUAAUACUUAACAUAUUCCCUUUCCAUUGUUUUGUAUUAUGUCGUCAUCCUUCCAAGACCUUUUUUAAGAUUAGCAUGUAACAAAGGUACAUCAUCUAAGUUCCCAAAGUUCCAUUGCAAUUUCUGAUGUGAUGUUUUGAAUGCCAGCUUGUUAAGAGAAAUAUAUACACCUUCUGACACAGCUUCCUCCUUCAUCCCUUAUCUAAACUCUUGCCUUUUAAAUGGGGAAAGAAUUAUUAUUUUAUGGGUACUUUAGGUGUUCUGAUUCAUCUUAAGCUACAAGGACUUCAAUUUUAUCUUCCCUUUUAUGAUGGACAACAAUAUGCAUCGUAUGCACUGUGGUAAGAAGAUAAAUAUGAACCCUUCACCUUAAAUCUUCAAUUUCAAGAGAGUCUUUGGGACGAUAGCACAUCUGUGUCACUCAAAAAAUGAACUCUUUGGCUGAUAUAUCAAAGAGAAGUGUUUUGCAUUCAAAGAAGAAAGUAAUCAUAUUAUUCUACUCUUUUAGCUAAUGAAUAUUUAUAUACUAUUUCACUGCCAA